GACGACAACAGACAGACGCCGCUGUAAGUUUUAUCAUUGUUGUAGUUCUAUGAGCACAUACAGAGGUAUCCCAUAAUGCGUUUUGCUCAUGCAUUCAUUUUAUCUAGUCAUCGCGCUGCAGUCCGCGGAUACACUCCUCUGACAAAGCUGUUGAUCGAAAAGGGCUCUCGUCUCAAUACUCCUGACUCUGUGAGGAACACACCGUUACACUUAGCAUGUCAAGAUGAGCACGGCGAGACGGCAUUGGCAUUGCUCGAGGCAGGGGCAGAUCUGGAUAGACAGAAUGGCGAAGGGCAGACGCCAUUCGAUUACUGUAGUGAGAAUCUGAAGGCGUUUUUGAAGCGUCAUGGGUACGAGGCAUAGAUCAGAUGGGCUAAUGCUGCUGCUCUCAACCAUCGCAUCGCCCCCCCAAUCCAUUGCUGACACUGCCUUCGCUGCCUUUGCUGCUUGUGCACUGACAUUGACUGUAGGCGCGACAAAGGCUUGGAAUAAAUUGUAACAAUUUCCUUGACCUCGAACAUGCGUGCAUGAACAAUGUACUAUAGAACGAGGAAUGUCGACUUGAAGAAAAAG